AUGGAUCAGGGCGAGAAAUCCUCGAGCGCUUCGGAGACAGAACACUCUCAGAUAAACUCCGUUCCCUCAACAUCCACCAAAGACGUAGAUCCCUUAUCUGCUAACGACGUCAAGGAAAUUGCAACGGAAGAGGAUAAAAAGAUGCAGCAGGCAGCCAAAGGAUUACUCAUGCUCAAAAACGAAGUUGCCAAAAACGCUGAACCACAGGUCUGCAGGCUCCCUGUAAUAUCAAUCAACCCCUGUUUAACCCCUUCAACGACCAGAACUAGUGCAACGACGACCGCACCUUCCCUACCGCAGGGGCACCCGCUACUUCCAAUGAUGAUGAGUCAACCAGUAUUUACCUCGAAAGUCAGAGUAAGAGCUCGGUCGCCAAUGCAAGGGAGUCGCCAUCAACCUUUAGAAGGCAACUACACUCUUCACGAAAUAUGCGCUCAAACUAUUCUCCAAGAGGUUGUUGUUGACUUUACCGCUUGUGUAAGCGAGGCUAGACUCAGCCACGAAAUAAUGGCUAAAUGCCGAAUUCCCUUAUCUCAAGCUCGAUGGAACAUCAAAAACGCCAUGGCGAGACUUUUCCCUCACUCGAAACGAAUGCACCUCCAUGGAACGGCAUUGUAUACUAAUCUGAGAAUGACUUACGAAAGAGCAUUGGACCCAAGGAUGUAA